AUGAUAUUUUUACCCGUGAGCCUUCGCAAGGCCCGUCGGCCCUCUCUGGUAUUUGUUGUACUACUCGCGAUCAUUCUUCUCGCUCAAUUAUCGGGGGCUCAGCCCGCCGAUGAGAAGAAUCCGGCCACUACGAACAUUGAUGCUGGCAAAACGACCGACACCGCGAAGACGACCGACACUGCGAAAAAGACUGAUACCGACAAAAAGACUGAGACCGACAAGAAGACUGAUACUACUUCAACUACAAGCAAGGAUACUUCUACCAGUACAUCAAAAACCGAAUCAUCGACAACAACCACAGAGCCUACGACUUCGGCUUCAUCUCCUGCAAACAAUUAUCCCGUGGUGACGGUGCCACCGACAAGCGAUGCGCCUUACAUGCAGAAAUCAGAUACCCCUGAAGGGACACUGUUCAUCGCCGUUGGAUCAGUGCUGGGAUUCAUUGGUCUUUCUGUUCUGGCGUGGCGUGGUCUCGUCGCAUGGUCAGUGAAUCGUUCUGUUCGCCAGUCUGCCAUGGUCCACUCGUCCGAAAUGAAGGGGCUGCUUCGCAACAAGAAGAAACGGAGGUCGGCCAUGCACUCUCAUGGACCACCCGCGGUAUCGCUCGAGAAAAUCAGCAGUGUGAAGCACCAUUCUAGUCGUUCCAAUCGGCGGUCAUCUAAAGUUCCCAGCACCAACAGUGGUUUAUUCUUCUCGCCCACUGCCGGAAUGCAAAGCAGUGGGAAUAGAGCUUCGAACUAUCUCCCCGCUGGAUACUAUGCUGCUGGAAGUGCUACCGCUGGUGGAAGCCAGAAUACUCCGCUCUCGUCCUCUGACCUUCCAGGGCUAGGGCCACAGUCUCAAGGCUAUGCUCCGACUAGAUCAGGUCCCAGCCCACCUGGAACGCCGACCUAUCCCUCAGGCGAUGUUCGUGAAACUCAACGUCAUUCUACCAGGCAGUCCUAUCUGGGGCCUUCCACUAGCAGCGUAAACCUUUCCUCCCCUCCUCAAGGAAGAACACCAAGUGCGUACUUGGAGGACCUAUUCGAGAACCAUGCUCCUCAAGGACGGUCCUAG